AUGGUUGCUGAAAGAAUCGACGGUACCGCUGUUGCGAGGAAGGUUCGGGAUAGAAUCAAUGAAGAGAUUAAGAAGAGGCAGAAGACUAAUAAGAGGUUUAGACCUUCCUUGACAAUUGUACAAGGUGAGCGGUCCUCUACAUACGUGCGCAUGAAACUGAAGGCUGCUGAGGAGGCAAACAUCACAUGCGAAAUUGUCAAACUUCCCGCAGAUACCACUGAAGCUGAGCUGUUAGCCAGAAUUGAAGGUCUGAAUGACGACCCUUCAAUCCACGGUGUCCUGGUUCAAUUGCCAGUUCCAAGGCAUAUUUCGGAGGCAGCGGUUACCGCUGCUGUUGAUCCUUCGAAAGAUGUCGACGGUUUUGGUGCCGUCAACGUCGGUGACCUCGCCAAGCGUGGUGGAACUCCUAUGUUUACUCCCUGCACACCUAAAGGUGUCAUGGUUCUUCUAGAAGAGUAUGGAGUAGAUCUUUCCGGAAAGCACGCUGUAGUUCUCGGAAGAAGUGACAUCGUUGGCUCUCCAGUAUCAUACCUCCUGAAAAACUCAGAUGCAACAGUCACAGUAUGCCACUCGGCUACAAAGAAUCUGCAUGAUUUUGUCAAGCGGGCAGACGUUUUAGUGUCCGCGAUCGGAAAAGCACUAUUUGUGAAGGGCGAAUGGCUGAAACCCGGUGCUGUGGUCAUUGACGUUGGUAUCAACUACAUAAUGGAUGAAACACGUAAGUCUGGUCAACGACUUGUUGGGGAUGUCGACUAUGAGUCUGCCAAGGAGGUUGCUUCUUUGAUCACACCCGUUCCUGGCGGAGUCGGUCCUAUGACUGUUGCUAUGCUGCUGGAAAAUGUUGUUUCCUCUGCAAACCGAUUUUAUGACCAGAUGGCACAUAGGAAAGUCACACCAUUGCCAUUGAAGGUCGAGAGACCUGUCCCCAGCGAUAUUGCGGUAUCGAGGGCACAAACUCCUAAGAAUGUCAAGAUAAUUGCCCGCGAGCUUGGUAUUUCAGAGAGGGAAUUGGAACUUUAUGGAGCCCAUAAGGCGAAGGUCAACUUAGACCUUCUGCAACGAUUAGGUCAUAGGAGGGAUGGAAAAUACGUCCUUGUGGCUGGUAUCACUCCUACUCCUUUGGGAGAGGGUAAAUCUACCACUACUAUGGGCUUGACUCAGGCUCUUGGCGCUCACUUGGGUAAGAUUGCGUUCGCCAAUGUUAGGCAGCCUAGCCAAGGCCCUACCUUUGGAAUCAAGGGUGGUGCUGCAGGUGGAGGUUAUAGUCAAGUUAUCCCUAUGGAUGAGUUCAAUAUGCACUUGACUGGUGAUAUCCAUGCUAUCACUGCUGCUAAUAAUCUCCUCGCUGCUGCCAUUGAGACUAGAAUGUUCCACGAGAGCACCCAGAAAGAUAAGGCACUUUACAAUCGCUUGGUUCCAAAGAAGAACGGUGUUCGAGAGUUUUCUCCAGUCAUGUUCCGCCGCCUCAAGAAGCUCGGAAUUGAUAGGGCCAACCCAGAUGAUCUGACUGGCGAGGAGAUUACCAAGUUCGCUAGACUGGAUAUUGACCCUGAUACCAUUACCUGGCGCCGGGUUUUGGAUGUCAACGAUCGCCAUUUGAGACAAGUUACAAUUGGGCAAGCGCCCUCGGAGAAAGGUCACACUCGUAUCACCGGAUUUGAUAUUUCUGUUGCUAGUGAAUGUAUGGCUGUGUUGGCUCUAUCCAAUGACUUGGCUGAUAUGCGUGAACGUCUUGGUCGUAUGGUUAUUGGGUCAAGCAGGAGUGGGGACCCGGUCACCUGUGACGAUAUUGGUGCCGGUGGCGCUCUCACCGCUUUGAUGAAAGAUGCUAUCAAGCCCAACCUUAUGCAGACUCUGGAGGGGACUCCAGUCUUUGUGCAUGCUGGUCCUUUUGCCAACAUUAGUAUCGGCGCUUCAUCUGUCAUCGCUGAUAAACUUGCUCUUAAGCUCGCAGGUACUGAAGAAGAUGAGGUCCACGAGGAAAAGGCUGGCUACGUUGUCACCGAGGCCGGUUUCGACUUUACUAUGGGUGGGGAGAGGUUCUUCAAUAUUAAGUGUAGAUCCAGUGGGCUUUGCCCAGACGUCGUAGUCAUUGUUGCAACUGUGAGGGCUUUGAAGGUUCAUGGUGGCGGCCCAGAGGUUACCGCAGGGGCUGUGCUCCCAGAGGCUUAUCGCACCGAGGAUGUCGAAUUGCUUAGAGCUGGUUGUGUCAAUUUGGCGAAGCACAUUCAGAACGCUAAAUACUAUGGUGUCCCGGUGGUUGUUGCUAUCAACAAGUUUGUCACUGAUACUGAAGCUGAGAUCAAUUGCAUCCGUGAGGAAGCAAUUAGGGCUGGUGCUGAGGAUGCUGUCGAGGCUUCUCACUGGUCUGAUGGUGGAUUGGGCGCUGUUGAGCUGGCCAAGGCUGUCAUUGCAUCGUCCCAGAAGCCCAAGAACUUUAGACUCCUCUACAAAGCCGAUCUCUCCAUUGUUGAGAAGAUGGAGUCAAUUGCUAAAGAGAUGUACGGAGCUGCCGGAAUUGAGCUCAGUGAACUUGCUAAGAGUCAGGUUGAGACUUAUACCAGACAGGGCUUCGGACACUUACCAGUCUGUAUUGCUAAAACUCAGUACUCUCUAUCCCAUGACCAGAACCUGAAGGGGGCUCCUACUGGCUUCACUGUGCCAAUCCGGGAUGUCCGCUUGUCUCCCGGAGCCGGGUAUCUUUAUGCCAAGGCUGCAGACAUUCAGACUAUUCCCGGUCUUCCGACUGCUCCUGGAUACCUCAAUGUUGAUGUCAACAUGGAGACCGGAGAAAUCCAGGGUCUCUUCUAAUAUUUUCCCCUUCUCUCAAUUUUCCUUCUUUGUUUCUCUUUCCUGCAAAUUUCUAGGGUUGUGGAGCAAUUCCGUAGUAGGUAGAUAAAAAAUGAUUCAAGGGGGUACAAUUCCAACAAUUGGCGUAUUAGAGGGAUAUAGGAUGGGGAAAGAGCUUGGUUCAAUGGCACGUGCAUAAAAAAGCGAAUGGAAUUGGAAAGCUCAACUCAGAGCUUAUACC